AAUUGUUAAAAAAUAUAUAUAUAUAAUGAGACAAAGUAGGAGCCACGUCGGAGUUCGUGGAUGGUCAGAAAGCGACAAUCUCUCUCGCUCUCUCUAAACAGAAACAACUCUAGAAACAGAGUUAAAGUCAGAAGAUCAGAUUCUCCGGCAACUUGUGCACCGUUGACCGGCCAAAACUUCCGGCGAAGUUUCUCAGAUCACACUGUACAAUGAAUCUCUGGAGAUCCUUUGCCCCCUGUCUGAUCAUUUUCUCGACAAUUCUACUUGCAUUCUCUAUGAUCUUCCACGGCCAGCCUUGUGAUCUUCAUCGGUUUAUUGGUACCACCACCGCUAGAAUCCACACCGGCCGAGUUUCCCCUAACGCAACCGCAUCCGGUUCAAAAGAUUCCGAUACAUUGCUUGGAGGGCUUCUUGCUGCAGGUUUCGAUCAAGGUUCUUGCCACAGUAGGUACCAGUCUAUGCUGUAUCGGAAACCUUCGCCUUACAAGCCUUCUCAGUAUCUCGUCUCUAAACUUAGAAACUACGAAAUGCUUCACAAGAAAUGCGGCCCGGCUACUGAAGCUUACAGAAGAACUCUUGAGCAACUUAAUCAAGAACAUGUUAAUGUCAGUGGCUAUGGCGAAUGCAAAUAUGCUGUGUGGGUACCGCUUGCUGGGCUCGGAAACAGGAUACUCUCUCUAGCUUCUGUCUUUCUCUACGCUCUCUUGACAGAUAGAGUCUUGCUCGUUGAACGAGGCCCCGAUUUGGAUGACCUGUUCUGUGAACCGUUUCCAGGAACAUCGUGGUUACUGCCUUUAGAUUUUCCGAUGAGGGGUGAAUUUCACAUGCUUAACCAGCAAUCCUCAAAUAGUUAUGGCAACAUGCCGAAGAAUCAAACCAGUAAUUCCUCAACCGAAGGAGUUCCAUCCCAAAUGUACCUUCAUCUUGUUCAUGAUUAUGGGGAUCGUGAUAAGAUGUUCUUCUGUGAAGGAGACGAAGCUCUCAUACAGAGAAUCCCUUGGUUGGUAAUCAAGUCAGACCAAUACUUCAUCCCGUCACUCUGGAUGAUCCCCGGUUUCCAGCAUGAACUAACCAAGCUAUUCCCGCAGAAAGACACCGUCUUCCACCACUUGGGUCGGUAUCUUUUCCACCCGACAGACCAAGUGUGGGGCUUAGUCACGAGGUUUUACCAAACUCACUUAUCCACGGCGGAGGAGAGAGUCGGGAUUCAAGUCAGAACCUUUGAUGGCAAAGGCCCUUUUCAGUAUGUGAUGGAUCAGAUCGUAGCCUGCAUCCGCAGAGAAGAACUGCUACCUGAAGUGGAUACAGAAGGCUCCAUGGCAAAUAUACCGAAAAGAAAAGCCGUUCUGGUCACAUCUAUGAGUCCAUGGUACGCCAAGAACCUAAAGGGUAUGUUUCAGGAGCAUCAGAGACGGGAAGGGGACGACGUAAUAGGAGUUUACCAGCCGAGCCAUGAAGAAUACCAGCAGACGGGGAAGAAGCUACACGACCAAAAGGCUCUAGCCGAGAUGUACCUACUAAGUCUGAGUGAUAAACUCGUGACGAGUGGCUGGUCCACGUUCGGGUAUGUAGCUCACGGCCUGGCGGGACUAAAGCCAUGGAUACUGUACAAGCCUAAAAACAAGACGACCCCUGACCCGCCAUGUGGUCGUGCCAUGUCCAUGGAGCCUUGUUUCCAUUUCCCUCCAUUCUACGACUGUAAAUCCAAGAGGGGAGCAGACACGGGAAAGAUCAUACCUUAUGUGAGGCAUUGUGAAGAUUGGAGCAUAGGGCUUAGGCUAUUCGAUGGUAUUGGUGAGUCAUAAGCUCCUUCUUUAUCUCCCCCAGAUGAUUUUCCUUCACAAGGGGAGAGAGAUAUAUGUAUAUGAACAUUCAACAUAGAACCCCAGAAUGUAUCUGUUCAUCAUUUCUGGAAAAGAGAGAAAAAAAACUGAAACUUUG